AGGGUUUCACUUCAUCAACUGAGGACGCCGCAGCGGAGCUUCAUCAAUAAGCUAUGGACCCCUGGGACGAACCUAAUUCACAGGCCCGCACCAUUAGCAUCCCAAGUGAUAGACCAUUGUAGAGAAGAGCGGAGCACAUGGCCUAACGCCGCCCAAUCCUUGCCGCCGCCGCCUCUGACCAGGCGCGGCACUGAGGCAUCACUAUGCCUCAUUUCACUUUGUGAACUAAAUUCGUCCGUUCUUGUGUAAUUGAUGCUGAUUGAAGGUGGUAAUGGACAGAAAACUUCUCCACAGUUGCCGGAGCAGGUCUUUUCAAGCGUUCUUUUCGCCGGUUAUCAAGCAUCGGCGGCAAAAUUGCUUCAUAGCCGGUACUUUUCUAAGAUCGAGAAUAAGUUGUUCAAUGAAGCGGUAUAAGUUGUCGGAGCUUACUCCUGCCGAGGUCAAUAGUCUAAAGGCCCGGCCGCGUAUUGAAUUCUCGAAAAUCUCUAGCCUGGUCAAUCCGAUUGUCGAUGACAUCCACGGUAGAGGUGAUGCUGCAGUCAAAGAGUACACUGCGAGAUUUGACAAAUUUGAGCUGGAGAAGAUAGUUGCGAAUGUGUCCGACCUUCCAGACCCAGAGCUUAACGCAACAGUAAGAAAAGCAUUCGAUGUGGCCUAUGAUAAUAUAUAUGCAUUUCAUUUGGCUCAAAAAUCACCUGAAAUGAGCAUCGAGACUAUGAAAGGUGUUGUUUGUAAAAGGGUGGCCAGGAGCAUUGGCUCCGUAGGCCUUUAUGUUCCUGGAGGUACUGCAGUUCUACCAUCAACAGCGCUUAUGCUUGCAGUUCCUGCACAGAUUGCUGGGUGUGGGACUGUUGUUCUUGCAACUCCCCCAAGACAGGAUGGCAGCAUUUGCAAGGAAGUACUAUACUGUGCGAAGAAAGCUGGGGUGACUCACAUCCUUAAAGCUGGAGGAGCACAGGCCGUAGCUGCCAUGGCAUGGGGAACUGAAUCCUGCCCGAAGGUUGAGAAGAUAUUUGGUCCCGGAAAUCAGUAUGUCACCGCAGCGAAAAUGAUUCUCCAAAACAGUGAAGCAAUGGUUGCCAUUGACAUGCCUGCGGGUCCUUCGGAAGUUCUUGUCAUUGCAGACAAGUAUGCUAGUCCAGUCCACAUAGCAGCUGAUCUGCUAUCCCAGGCUGAACAUGGUCCUGACAGUCAAGUUGUUCUUGUCAUAGCUGGAGAUGGAGUGGAUAUACAGGGUAUUGAGGAAGAAAUAUUCAAGCAGUGUGGGAGUCUUCCUCGGGGAGAGUUUGCUUCAAAAGCCCUGAGCCACAGCUUCACUGUGUUAGCUCGUGAUAUGGCUGAGGCAGUUUCCUUCUCAAAUUUGUAUGCCCCUGAGCAUCUGAUCAUCAAUGUAAAGGAUGCUGAGAAGUGGGAGAGCUUUAUUGAGAAUGCAGGCUCUGUAUUUAUAGGCCAGUGGGCGCCAGAGAGUGUUGGAGACUAUGCCAGCGGGACAAAUCAUGUCCUUCCGACUUAUGGGUAUGCACGAAUGUAUGGCGGAGUGUCUCUGGACUCCUUUCAGAAGUACAUGACAGUUCAGUCCCUGACAGAGGAAGGGUUGAGAAACCUAGGUCCUCAUGUGGCUGUUAUGGCCGAAGUCGAGGGAUUGGAGGCCCACAAGAGAGCUAUUACCCUUAGGCCUCAGAACAUUGAAGAGAACUAAGCUUUAAAUGUCUGGUGAGUCCGAUGUCUUCUCAUCUCUCUUUGAAUUAUGUCGAAGACGGAAACUAUUGUUUUCUGGGCAUCCAAACACUGGUGUCCAAUGUUUUGUAUCUAAGUUAUGUGUUAAAGGUUUGAUAAUAUCGAGUUUUAGGGUUCUGAUUGACAAAGGAGUCGAAAAUUUCUAUUACUGGUAACAUUCAGUAGUAUCUGAUGUAAUUGGCGUAGCUGUGGGUGCUUAAUGUCAGUUUUGAUGCUAUGGUUAUCCUAUCUCGAGCAACGGGAAAUUGUGACUAGUGUACCCACAAUUGGUGUCAUUUUCUGAAACAAGUACAGUCUGAGUUAUGGCUAAUGAUGCAGUAGUUUUCUGUGCGUUCGUUGU